UAUUUUUUAUUUUCAUUUCGUUUUUGGGUAUAGAAAUAAAUCCAGACUUGUAUUUUCGUCUGUGUUUUGUGCCCCCAAUUUCUUCUCCCAAUCCCUCCGAUUUGAGCUCGGUUUUUUUCUCAGGCUUCGUCCUCUUUCGUUCGAAUAAGUGGGGAAAUUGAUUGAUGGGUACAUCGUCUGGUUCUAACAUCCACCAUCAAUCUUCGUCAAAAAUGCUGCCUCCACGACAGCAACCACGACCUGGAGGACUACAAACCUCAUUGUCCCUUGUCUCUUCAGAUGCCCGCCUCUCCCCAGAGGAGCCCAGAUCAAAUUCUGAUCAAAUUCGUGAGUCCCCUACUGAGAGUGCCAGUUCUCGAGAAACUUGGCCCACUGCUGAUGCCAUCAUGGCAAAGAAGAUGAUGGAGAACGGGAAAGCUGAGAAUGAUUGCCCUGAUCAAUCGGUUAUUCGCAGAGUUUCUAUUGCAGAUAAGAUCUCCCUUCGGGACAUAGCAAGAGAGAGAGUUGAUAUUAUCUCUGAAAAGAUGCAUCGUUUACCUGAUGACGUUCUAGAAGAGUUGAAGAAUGGACUCCGAGUUAUUCUUGAAGGCAAUGGUGGUUCACAGCAAAGAGAAGAAUUUUCUAUGUUGCAGAAACUUGUCCAGAGUAGAACUGAUUUAACUGCUAAGACGUUGAUUAGAGCCCACAGAGUUCAGCUUGAAAUUCUUGUGUCAAUAAAUACUGGGAUUCAGGCAUUCUUGCAUCCUAGUAUCAGUCUCUCUCAGACUUCACUGAUUGAGAUCUUUGUCUACAAGAGAUGCAGAAAUAUAGUAUGCCAAAACCAGCUCCCAGCUGAUGAUUGUACAUGUGACAUAUGCACUAAGAGAAAUGGUUUCUGCAAUCUUUGCAUGUGUGUAAUCUGUAACAAGUUUGAUUUUGAAGUAAAUACCUGCAGGUGGAUUGGGUGUGACUUGUGUUCUCAUUGGACUCAUACAGAUUGUGCUAUUCGUGAUGGACUCAUUUGUAUGGGUCCUUCGGUUAAGAGUGGAGCGGGUCCCUCUGAGAUGGUUUUCAGUUGCCGGGCAUGCAAUCGAACAUCUGAGCUUCUUGGGUGGGUUAAAGAUGUUUUCCACCACUGUGCACCAGCCUGGGACCGUGAGGCUUUGAUGAGGGAACUGGAUUUUGUUAGUAGGAUUUUUCAUGGAAGUGACGACCCCCGAGGGAUUAAACUCUUUUACAAGUGUGAGGAUCUGAAAGAAAAAAUGAAGAGUGGAGUAGAGUCAGCAGCAGCCUGCCGGGCAAUUUUAAUGUUUUUCCAAGAGCUUGAGGUGGACGGACCAAAGAGUAUGGAAAAUGGGGAAGGUGGAAGGAUGAUAGCGCCACAGGAGGCAUGCAAUCGGAUUGCUGAGGUGGUUCAGGAAGCCAUAAGGAAGAUGGAAAUGGUGGCUGAUGAGAAGAUGAGAAUGUUUAAGAAAGCCCGCAUGGCUCUUGAGGCUUGUGACCGUGAGCUUGAGGACAAGGCGAGGGAAGUAGCAGAGCUGAAGCUGGAAAGGCAAAAGAAGAAUCUGCAGGUAGAAGAGCUGGAGAGGAUUGUGAGGCUUAAACAGGCAGAAGCUGAUAUGUUCCAACUCAAGGCCAAUGAGGCAAAACGAGAGGCUGAGAGGCUUCAGAGGAUUGCUCUUGCUAAGUCUGACAAAUCAGAGGAAGAAUAUGCUAGCAAUUACCUGAAACAACGGUUAAAUGAGGCAGAAGCUGAGAAGCAGUAUCUGUUUGAGAAGAUUAAGCUGCAGGAGAGUUCUCGUGCAUCACAGAGCAGUGGUGGGGGUGAUUCUUCACAGAUGCUGAUGUAUUCCAAAAUCCACGAUCUACUUUACAGUGCUCCACCAAAGGCAGACAGCCAGCCAAAUGAACGUCACCCUUUCAGGACGAAUUCCUGAAGAGUGCUUUAUUAUAGUAUGUGAAUUAAUUUUACCGAUGGUUGAACUAGUCUGAUUAAGUGGUGUUUGUUGUGUAAUCGUUGAACUUUUUUAUCUGACUGAGACGAACAUAUUACUAAAAUCUUUUCCGUGAAUUAGUUAAAAUAGGGAAAACUUCAGAUGUAAGCACUUCUGAUGUUUAUAGUUGUUUCACUUAUUUCAUUA